AUACAUCAACUCAUAAUUAAAUAUGAGACAUCAAGGGGGAGGAAAUUAUCCAUUGAAGAAUGGAGGACAUUGUGCAAAACACUUGGCGUGGAACGGGAGUUUUUAGACAGAGUACAAAGUCAAGAAAAAGGGAGAAACCCCGAGAAUAUAAAAACACGCAAGGUUUGGGAAGUUUGUAAAAGCUACAUGUAUUAUCAUUAUAAUGUUGCUAGAAUUUUAUUUUUCCUAAUAACCCAUUCGCCCCUGGGAAUUUUGUUGCAAGGUUUUGGAAGUUUAUAAAAGCUAGUUAUCAUUACAAUGUUGCUAGAAUUUAAUUUUUCCAUAACAAACCUUAUAUUUGCCCCUGAAAAUUUUGCCAAAAAACAUGUUUCAAAGCUAGUCAGUGCUUUUCUGGUCACUAUUGUGCUCUUAUAUAAAGAGCUAAAACUUACCAUAAAGCCAUUAACAGUUCGUGUCCUUCUGAUUCGGGUGCAAAAUAUUAGCAUGCAUUCUGGUAUUGGUUUGAAAGAUCUCUUCACUCUUUCCUUAAAGAACAGGAAAUCAGUGAACUACCUGCUCAAGUGGCUAGACUACGGGUAGUGAUAAUAUAAAUAGAGCUUUUUGUUUAUGACCUCAAAACAGUACUGUCAACCUUACAGUGAGCUUUCUUAUUGUCCACACUGCCUUCUAUGCAUUUGCUGUGAUCAUAAAGUAAUGAAGAGAUGUUUCAGAGACAAGACCUCAAUUCUUUGUAAAGAUUAAAUUCAUUUUCAUCUCAGUUUACCUCUUUUGUUAAUCAAGUUUAUUCUCGUGUAGCCAGCUAUGCAGGCUACACGAGAAUAAGAUUUUUGGAUGUGUUUUUUUCUCUUGUGGUUCGCAAAGCAAGCAUUUACAUGCACAAACGUGUGAAAGCUGAACCGAGGUCAAAACAGAAUAUGGGGAGGGGGCAAGGGGCGAAGUACAGUGAGAAAAACUGCCUACAAUCAACCCUUUAAAAUCUUUAAAAUUGUCCGCUUUUUGGACACAGUAAACAGCAUUUCUCAUUGGCCAACACAGCAUCAACCUGUCAACGGAUGUCAGAUUCCCAAGGGAUACAAAUUUGAUGAAGGAGUACCAGCAGUGGUAAUGCUGCUUACCUGAUUUGUGUUUACUUAAAAAAAUAUUCAUUGUCAGUAUUUGCCACAUCAAAAAGAAGUUCUGCAGUUCUAAAUUUUCCAAAGAAUAAGUAUUCUAUUUUCUGAAAAAGGUGAAAAAUUAUCUUGCCAUUUGUUAGCAAAAACAACUCAAAUCAACAGUUGCCUUACUUGCUCAUGAGAGAUUUGUGUUUGCUCAACCCGAUUCAUCACAAGAAUUUUUAGACACCAAGAAGGUCUUUGUUUCAAAAUUUCAAAUAAUUUAAAAAGAAUAAUACUUAAAGGUAAGGCUGUUUCUGAGCAAGAAAUAUUUCAGGAAAAGGAGAAGAAAACUACCAUAUUUUUUUCUGUUAUAAGGUGCACUCAUUUAAUUAUAAGACACACCCCCAAACUUUUCAACCCAAUUUUUCUAAUUCGACAAACUAAAAAAUAAUCCCAAAUACCCGGCUGUAAGGCGCAACUGCGAUUUUUGGUGAUGUUCAACUUAACUACAACAACAUGCUUUCCAAGGACGCUGAUUACGGCUAUUUACCGAUGUAAACAAAAGCAAAAAAAAUUACCUAUUUCGAUCAGAAGCGAAGAAAUCACGCCUAUGAACACAAAAAGCAUUGUUUUCUAAAACUGUGAAUACUCAAGGACUUUGUUUUUGUUCCAUAAACAAGGCAGUUGCCUUGGUUGCAGCAUAUUGACAUUGAUGCAUGCAUCGGUAGUUAGGGACUGGUCAAAAAGUAUACGGGGGGGUGGGGGGGGUGGGCCGGAACAGAGAAGGGGUGGGUCAUGAGGUUUUGAGCCCUGUGCAAGGGGUGGGUCGUGCAAUUUUCAGCUGCCCUUAGGGGGUGGAUCACCCUAUUUUAUUGCAUAGAUAGGCACUAACUAGUAAUGAGACAGUUGACUACACUUGUUAUAAAAAACACAGCCAGCUGGAAUUAUUGCUAAAAUACUCACAAACCUGUUGUGCGAGAAAAUACAAGGGAUGACAGGCCGCACAUCUAUAUGGGCGUGAAACCCUCUGUUAACCUUUUUUUUUUUUUGCUCUAAUGAGCAUGUCCUUUAAUGAUUUUCCUUUUUUGUAAGGAAAUGAUUUGUGGCUCUUUAAAAAUUUAUUGAAGUUAUAGUUGAUUUUGUAUAAGAUUCCAUUUUUUCAUUCAAGCUUCCUUUAUAGUAGACACUGAGGGCUGGUAUUGUGUCACAAAUGGCAAUAUUUCUUUUUCCUCCUUGUUGUUUUGUUUUAGGAGCUUAGACGCCCUUUUGUCAAUUUUAUUUCUGAUAGUAGGUUUUCUAUCAAAGAUUGUGGGUAGCCUCUGUCCACCAAGCGUUUUUUUUUUUUUUUAAUUUGAAUUAUUUUCCUCAAAGGUUGUGUCUGAGGAGUUUUUUUCGUAAGAUUCUCAAGGCUUCUCCUUUGACAAAUCCUUUUUUAACAUUUGGAGGGUGACACGAGGUGAAAUGUGUGUGCAAGAAAGUUCCCGUUUGUUUAAAAUGGGUUGUUCCAGAAAAAAUCCACACCCCCCCGACGGAUGGGAUUCUGGAAAUUCUCGCGGGAGGGGGGGUCGAAGACUCCGGAAAUCCAGGCGGGAGGGGGGGUUGACCUUUAAAAAGUCUUCUGCAGGGGUCAUUUCGACCGAUAGUUGAUACAAAUCAAACGUUUAGUUCGAUGACACUUAAGCGCUUUCAGACCCUGAAAAUAGUCAAAAUGUUUUGUUCAUAUAUUUCUCACCUGACAUAAAUGAUAAUCUAAGUUGCUUUACAGGUCCUUUUAUAGCAGAAAACGCGAAAAAGAUACUAAAGAACGGGCCUGAAGGAACUCGUCGCAACGUUGUUGUCACGAAGAGCGCCAAACGCCUGACACAUUUCUACUGCACCCCAGAGCCCGCCACAAGAGUGAUUUUUAUAAGCUAAGAAAUUAUGUGAACACUGCUCAGGUGUCGCUCGCAUUUUUGUUUUUUUGCUCCUUUCGCUUUCAGUUCCACGCGAUAGAAUUCGUAGUUUAAUAUAAGCUGAAGCUUUAGAAAUUAAAACAAAAACAUUUAGACGUGUUUUGCGUGUAUUUUCCAUUAAAAAUAAAUUAAAUUUAAGCCUUUUAUUUUUCCCGAAAUCCAGGCGGGAGGGGGGGGUCUUCCACCUUGGAAAUCCAGUUGGGAGGGGGGGUCUUGUGCUUCAGGAAAUCCAGGUGAGAGGGGGGGUUAAAAAAGGACCCCAUCCGUUGGGGGGGUGUGGAUUUUUUCUGGAAUAACCCAAUGGGUCUUUGCUUCUUAAGGAUAGAUUUUUCCUUGAAUCUUGUGCCUUAAUUUGCAUACAACUGUGUCUAAAAACGCAGUCUCAGUGUCAAUAUGUUUCGGCCGUGAAUUCAAUAGUUGGGUGAUGUAAGUUUGCUUGUUCAAUGAAGGCUUCGAUGUCUGGUUUACUCAUGUCCCAUAGGGAAAAGAUAUCGUGUAUGUAGCAUUUCCGAACUGUUGUUCUAAAGACAGUUUUGCUUAGAGUCAUUGUUUCAAUGUCAUGAAAAUAUUGGCAAAGGAAUCAAAACUGCUGUCUUUGUGCCCAUUGCAGUUCCAUCAGGUUUUGUAGGUAGUGCUUUCCACUGAAGUGGAAGAAAUUUUCUUUGAGGAUGAAUCUUAGCAUUUCCGGCAAGUAAUGUGUAGGAAUGGGUUGUCUUUGUAGAAAUUUUCAUAUGCUUUGCGACAGACAAUAAUUUCAAUAUAUCCUUGUUUUGCUGUAUAUUUGUGUCAAGACUCAUAACGUCCAUCGAAACAAGAAAUGUUUGGUUUUUCACAUUUGUCUUUUCUGUGAAAGGUAUGAUUUCUGUGAUUUUGAUUUUGGUACAGAACAAGGUUUUAUUGGAUUAUUAAGAGGAAACCAAACUCCAUGUUUUAACUAGGAGGUGGGUCAUGCAAUUUCCAAUCUUGCUUUAGGGGUGGGUCAGUCAUUUUUGCGCUGAGGGGAGGGGGUGGGUCAAGUGUUUUUUAUCGACCACAUUUCCAAAUGCUCUGGCCCACCCCCGCUAUACUUUAUGACCAGUCCCUUAAUCAAGAUAAAAUAGAUCACGUAAUACAUGAGCCUGAAUAUGUUGUUAAUGAACUGCCAAAUCUGGUAAAAUUAAGCCCUUGUUUAUCAAAAUAACUGUGAUAAAAGAGCUCUCACAGUUCUAUUAACAGAUUUGGGAACUUUCUUCGAAAAUAAAAGUCUGAAACAAGCGCAAGAUCGCAGUGUGGAAAUGACUGUAAACAAACCGCCAUCUUGGAUCAAGCACGUGCUCAAAAAUUUGCCUGGUUACCAAGUAUCAACAUUCAGUUGCCAGGUGAUUUGUUUUGAAUGCAAAACGAUUCGUUCAUCAUUUGAUACCAGCUUUAGAAGAUGUAGAGUGUCAUUGAAAACCGAUAACAAAAAAGAGGAUGAGCAGCUAGAGCUUGUAGAGUCAAGGAUUUGACUCAAUUUUGUUUUGUUGCCCAAAGACACUCGGUUGAGACGCACCCCGAAAUUAAAACAGAUUUAGAGCUAUCAAGCAGACUUUCGUUGAAAAAAUGCUGCACCUUGUAAGCGAAAAAAUACGGUAUCUCGCACAUUAAAUAGUGAAAACUGAACUGAAGCCAAUAGUCACUUUGUGUGUAACUUUUGCAUUUGUCCUAUGAUGUGUCAGUAAUCAACAUUUGUUACGUCAUUAAAAAUUCAAUACUUUUAUCUGAUAGUGAAACAAUUCAACAAUCCAAUUUCGAUAAACAAAAUAAUUUCCUAAAUAAUAAUGAGUAUAGAAGUUGCAGGAAAAAACAACCGUCAUAGACAAUAACUGACUUCAGACUUCAACACAUGUUACAUCACACGUUAGCCAAACUCCCUCUUUCACAAGCCUGGAGGGGGAAUUUCAAAAAUCCUAAGGGGUUGAUCGUAGGCAGUUUUUCUCACUGCUUCCUCCCCCAUCGUUUUCUUUUUUGUCCUCGGUUUGGCUUUCGCAUGGCUGAAGCUCUUACUUAACAAGCCAAAAAAAAAAAACCAUAGAGAAAAUGCACCAAAAAAUGCCAGCUUCGCAGGCUAAUUCUCAUGAGAUGUCUCUUUGAUUACAUGUACUUAUGCCUGAAUGAAAAAUGAGAUUUAGAGUCAUGUUUUUUGGCAAGCAUCAGUUUGUACUACCUUACCAAAGUUUUUCCUUUACUUAAGGUCAUUAAUUUUACUGUUCAUUGUAAAUUAGAAAUUUGUGGGUUCACACCAGUUGUAUCCCUAAGAAUUGUUUUGAGCUGUUUUCAUCUGCUCAUUUGGGAACUUCUCAAUGUUUGCCGUUUGCUGUAAACACGACUCUAAAUCUCUCUAAUCUACAAGUGGACAAAGUAAAGUAAAUCCUGUGCUCUGCUUGGUUACCCAAACAAGCAAGAUGGGCUAUCUUUCCUUGGGACUUUUUUUUAUGUUAGCUGUUUCAUAAGAUUCACUUAACCAUUUAAUAAAUCCUAUAAUAUUGUCCAAGCUUGUUCAGUCGAGAUGCAUGGAUACUGGCCUUGUUCCUCUUUGUGUUAAAGUUAUUGACCUCAUUGUCAACUUCAUCAGGGUGGUGGACAAAACACUGACCCCAGUCCAUGGACUACCUCAUGGACUACCCAUAUGGACUACCCUGGGUAAGAUUUCCAUAUAACCCCAUGUGUUAAUUAUGCAUGCAGCUAUUUUAUUCUUUUCCUCUGAAAUAGUUUAAUAUGAAUAGAAUCAAAACAUGUUUGCAUAAAUGUAUGGGGCUAUACGGAAAUGGACUACUCCGUUGAAGUUUAUUGAUUAGUUGAGUUAGGAAACUGAGUGAAUCAGGUUCCAUUUAGGGUCAUUAUAGCGGGAAAACUGACCUGAAAGUUGAUUCACUCAGUAAUUCCUAAUCCUAAUCGCUAAACUUGAGCAACGUUGUCCAUUUUAGGGUGGUCCACACCUUUCCGACCAACAGGAAAAGGACCUUUGUAAAGUUUUGGAGGAGAGAUUAGGAGGAACUGAGGAGCUCCUAAAAGCAUUAUUUCCACAAAAGAGGAUUUAUCAACUCAUAUUUAAAUAUGAGACAUCAAGAGGAAGGCCA